GCAAUUUUUCCUUCAGUUUCCAAAUUGUUCAUUCUAGACACAAUUAACUACGAUGUAGAAGAAUUGGACAGUCAACGAUAAUCUUUGAGCUCCAUGAGUUUGAUGUUCUUAUAUCUGCUUUGUUCGGCUGUGUACAUUACUAUUAGUGGGAUCAUUAUGUGUAUUUAUGUUUGUUUAAUACAAUGACGGCGAUAAGAGUGAAAUCGGAUAACUAAUCUCUCCUGUGUCUCGUAGGGAGCAAUGGUUACCGUUAUUUUGAAUAGAUAGCCCUUUAUUUUGUGUCUACUGAUUGUGCUAGAGCGCGAUGGGACGCCCGGUGAAUAAAGAACACCCUAGGAAUAGUGCCAGCUUUUUAUCAGUGAUUUUUUACAUUUUCACUUUCGAUACAUUCCGUCGAGGUUACAAGAGGCAAUGGACAUCAGACAAUCUUUACAAAACCAUCGAUGAUGUGAAAAGUAACGACUUAGGAGACCAAAUCGAGAAGAGAUGGAAUAAUGAGAAAGUCAAGUCCUCGAAAAGAAAUAAAAGUCCCAGUCUACUCCUUACGCUACUCAAAAUGUUCUGGAAAGAAUUACUAUUCGCUGCUGUUUUAUUAGCCAUCGCCCAAAUAAUAUUGAGGUUGGCUGAACCUAUCUUAUUGGGAAGACUGUUGAAAUAUUUCAAGGAGGAAGAUUCCAUCACUAAAUCCGAGGCUUUGGACUAUGGCAUCCUCAUCUCUGCGGUGAUAGGCGCAAGAAUUGUCUUCUACAACCAAUACAAAAUGCGAACCUACAGGACAAUUCUAAGGAUAAGAGUCGCUUGCAGCACCUUGGUGUACAGAAAGGUACUGAACUUGAGUCUCACAUCAUUGCAGCAGACAACAAGUGGUCAAAUUGUUAAUUUCAUAUCCUACGACUUGAAUAGGUUCGAUUCUGGUGCCGAUCUGGUUCAUUUUGUGUGGGUGGCACCUCUUUUCGUUCUCUCCAUCGUUUACAUACUGUAUAUUGAAACUGGAUUGGCCGGAUUGAUAGGAGUGAUGUGGUUCAGCUUUGUGGCGAUUUUACAAAGCUACAACGGUAACUUGACUGCAUCGAUUUAUGGAAGAAUGAACAGAAAAUCAGGCAAUCGUCUACGGAUCAUGAACGAAAUCAUAUCAGGAAUCCAAGUUAUCAAGAUGUACGCUUGGGAGAAAUCUUUCGAGAAGCUGGUCCAUAUAGCGAGAUGCGAAGAGCUCAAAGUCUUAAAAAAACUCAAUUAUGUUCGGAACAUUUUCUUAUCUUUCUCAUCGAUCUGUAACCACUUAGCUCUGUUUCUAACGCUCUGGGUUGUGAUCUCUAUGAAGGAGAAUAUUACAUCUGCAAAGGUGUAUGGGUUAGUUGUCUACUAUGGUGUACUAAACUUCAUCGUAUCCAUCAUGUUUAUUUUAGGAAUAUCGAAAUCAGUGGAGAUACUGAGAACCAUUAAGAGACUUAACGAAUUCUUGUUAAGAGAGGAAUAUGUACACAUACAAAGCUUGGAUAGUAGCGAUGACAAUAUAGUCCAUCUAGAUAAUGUUGAAGCAAGAUGGAACUCUUAUUCUUCCCUACAAAGUAAUGUAGGAAAAUAUCAGCGAAAAAACGUUGUUCCCAUUAAUGACACGCACUUUUCUGAAAAAGACACUCUGCUCAAUAGGAUGAAAAGCAAAACUGUGUUGCAGAAUAUAAAUAUGGCAUUGAAACAAGGGAACCUUAUUGGCAUAGUUGGACCAGUUGGAAGCGGCAAAAGUUCGUUAUUACAAACAAUUCUAGGUGAACUGGAGCUUACCUCAGGUACCAUGAGAGUGCAAAAUUCGGUUUCUUACGCCUCCCAAGACGCUUGGACCUUUGCUGGCACUGUCCGAGAAAAUAUUCUCUUUGGUCAAGCCUUCGACGAAACUCGUUAUAGAGAGGUUGUUAGGGUUUGCUGUUUAGAAAGAGAUUUUGAACUCUUUCCGAAUGGAGAUUUAACAAUUGUUGGGGAUCGAGGUGCAUCUUUGAGUGGUGGGCAAAAAUCCAGAAUAAAUCUAGCUAGAGCCAUAUAUAGGCAAAAAAAUAUAUAUCUAUUGGAUGAUCCACUAUCAGCAGUUGAUAUUCAGGUGGCCAAACAUAUUUACCAUGAAUGUAUCGAGAAAUUUUUGAAAGAGAAAUGUCGCAUAUUAGUGACACACCAUAUGCAUCAUUUGAGGACUUCUGAUUACAUCAUCGUUCUUCACCAGGGCUCUAUACAAGAUUCUGGAACCUAUAGUGAAUUGUUAUGCAGAAAUACUAUUGUGAAAAACAAUGGCACUCUUGACCGGAAUUCUUCAGUCAAUUCCGACACAGAUAGCUCAGUUUUGGAAGAAGAUAUAUGUGAUAACGUUGGAGAAGUUGUUGCAAAAAGAGAUAAGCCUUUAAUGAAAUUAGAAGAACUCAAUGAAAACAUUUCAGCGGACAACAACGAUUGUAGGAAGCACAAAACAUUCCUUCUACUCAAAUAUUUCGCCAAAGACGUGAACUGGUACUUCUUCAUCUUUAUCUUCUUCUUAUUUUCUCUGAUUCAAACAUUACUAUCGUCGACCGAUAUGUUCGUAAGUAGCUGGGUGAAUUUUGAAGAACACAAGAAUGUGUCAGGCCACAAACAGGUGAUGAAGUCCUUCCACAUUUCAUUUCCGAUUUUAGAAACAAGACUGUAUCUUUAUGCUUAUGGUAGUUUGAUAGCCCUGAUAGGAAUGUGUAACUUACUGAGAUCAGUGCUUUUUGUGAAUUUUUUCACUGGAAACUCUAGAAGACUUCACGACAAUAUGUUCGCCAAAGUUGUCAGAGCAUCCAUGGAGUUUUUUGACAGUACCUCAUCUGGGCAGAUACUGAAUAGGUUCUCCAAAGAUAUGCAAGCUAAUGACGAGUUCCUGCCAAGAACUAUCAUGGAGGCACUAAUGUUCGUGAACACACUACUGGCUGCAAUCAUUAUCGUGAUUCUGUUAAAUCCCUAUAUCAUAAUAAUGGUUGCUCUGAUGAGUGUGUUGUUCAUUUCGAUAUCGUUCUUCUUCAUGAGAACAUCCAGGAACAUAAAAGAAGUGGAGAGUUCGUUGAUGAGUCCCAUAAUUUCCCAUCUCAAUGAAACAAUGCAAGGACUUAUCACCAUAAGAGGAUUGGGAGCACAAAAUAUUGCGCAGGAAAAAUUCGGUCAAUCAUUGGACAAAUACACGAGCAGCUGGUAUAUGAUGGCCGUUGCUUUCGCCGCAUUCGGAUUCUAUAUAGAAUUUGUCAGUUUUCUUUUCAUAUCUGUCGUAACUCUGAGUCUCAUUGCUGUUGGAAAAGAUAUUGGUCUCACAGCUAGCGAAGUUGGUUUGGCAGUCACCCAAUCGAUAGUUCUUAGUGCUAUAGUGCAGUAUGGAGUACUUAACUGCGCUCAAAUCAAUAAUUUAUUAGUAUCCAUUAACAGAAUAUUAGAGUACAACUCUAUACCCCAAGAGGAUGAAACUAAGAGAGCAAAAGAACCUCCUCCAAACUGGCCAGACAAAGGAGAAAUCAAUUUUGAAAAUGUUUGUUUGAGCUAUUCCAUUUCUAAACCUCCGGUACUCAAGAGUUUGACUUUCACCAUAGAACCUAGUGAGAAGGUUGGCAUAGUUGGUAGAACUGGUGCUGGGAAAUCUUCCCUUAUAUCAGCUCUUUUCUUACUGGCAAAGAUCAGCGGAAAGAUUGAAAUAGACGGCAUCGACACCAAUGAUAUCCCUCUCCAGACACUCAGGUCUAAGAUAUCCAUCAUCCCACAGGAUCCUGUUCUAUUCAAUGGAACAUUACGUUAUAAUUUAGAUCCUUUCAAUGAACAUGACGACCAUGUUUUGUAUGAAGCUCUAAGGGCAGUUGAACUGAAUUCGUCAUCUAGCCAUGUGAAGAAGUUGAGUGCUAGGGUGAGAGAUAGGGGAGCAAAUUACAGUGUGGGUCAGCGACAACUGAUUUGCCUAGCCAGAGCUAUUAUAAGGAAAAAUCGGAUAGUUAUUCUCGACGAAGCUACAGCGAAUGUUGACUCCCAGACUGAUUUGGCAAUUGAGCUUACCAUGAAGAAGCAGUUUUCAGAUUGUACAGUUCUCACUGUAGCUCAUCGUCUGAGCACUGUGAUGAACUCUGACAAGAUUCUUGUGAUGGACGCAGGGGAACUAGUACAAAUAGGUCAUCCGUAUGUCCUUCUGAGUGAUGUUACAGGAAGGUUUUAUUCUAUGGUUUCACAAUCUGGAUCUUCAAUGGCAGAACAUUUAAAAAACAUUGCUUUUAAAAAUUAUGAGCAAAAAUUAAUGAAAAAGACUUCGAACGUAAACGAUAAAGAAUAAAUAUUGCAUAGCAUUUCUCAAACUGAUGAAUACAUAUUCGAAAAAAAAAAAAAACUAUUACCAUUGAGUAUUAACCCUUUGAAUACUCAAUGCUAUUACAUAUCCAUAAAUGGAACAUAGCUGUGAUAAAAGAACUGAAACAUAAGUAGAGCACACACUUCAAGCAAGUGAAUAAAUCUGUCAUUAAAGAUUUUGCAAUAAAAUAUAUUGUUGUUGA